CUGAGCUUAGCACAUGUCCAGGUUAAAAUUGCAUUCUUCAAGGAGUAUUUGAUGGAUUAUUCCUAGAUACUUCAAAAAGAUUAUUCCAAUCUGAUCACCACACAAACACUGUUAUUUUAAUGUUGAAGACUCAGACAAAAGUGCCAUGGAUGUGAAAGAGAGAAAACCAUACCGAUCUCUGACCAGGCGCCGUGACACCGAGCGACGCUACACUAGCUCCUCGGCAGAGAGCGAAGACAGCAAAAUACCCCAAAAGUCCUACAGCUCCAGCGAGACGCUGAAGGCUUACGAUCAAGACUCCAGACUGACCUACAGCAAUCGGGUCAAAGACAUGGUGCACCAGGAGGCUGAUGAAUUCUGCCGAGCGGGAGCCAACUUCUCUUUGCAAGAGCUGGGCCUUGAUGACGCCAUGCCCACACAUGGGACUUUAUACAGGACUGAUAUAGGGCUGCCUCACUGCGGCUACUCCAUCAGUGCUGGCUCAGAUGCUGACACCGAGGCAGAUGCCAUCAUGUCGCCGGAGCACCCGGUGAGGCUCUGGGGACGCAAUACUAAGUCAGGCCGCAGCUCCUGUCUCUCGAGCCGAGCCAACUCCAACCUCACGCUCACUGAUACGGAACACGAAAACACUGAAACUG